AUGGACCCAAAGGCCCAGCUCCACGUUACCGCCAACACCUCCACCUCCACCUCCAGCUCAGGCUACGAGCUCGCCGAGCCCUCGCGGGCCUGGGCCAUCAACCGCGAGCGCCCGGCCCUCGAAACCAGCACCAGCCAUGAAACCCCCACAGAACCAACAACCCCCCUCGUCGAGCUCAACAAUGACGACUUCCCCGACGGCGGCAUCCGCUCCUGGCUCGUCGUGCUCGGCUCCUUCCUCCUGCUGAUGGCGUCCUACGGCCUCAUGAACAGCGUCGGCGUCAUCCAAUCAUACCUCGAAACCCACCAGCUCUCGUCCUACACCAGCCGCGACGUCGGCUGGAUCUCGGGCGUCUUCACCUUCGUCUCGCUAAUCCUCGGCGUGUUCGUCGGCCCGCUCUUCGACGCCUACGGGCCGAAAGAGCUCGUUGCCACCGGCACAGCCAUCUACUCGCUCGGCGUGCUGCUUACAGCGCAAUGUAGCGAGUACUGGCACUUCAUCCUGUGCUUCGGGAUCGUAUCAGGGAUCGGGGCGGCGGUGAUUUCGAACGUCGGCAUGUCGUGCAUCCCGCACUGGUUCUAUGCGCGCGCGGGGAUGGCGAUCGGGACGGCGAUGGCGGGGGCGGGGCUCGGCGGCGUCGUGUUCCCGUAUAUCCUGCGCGAGACGUGGGCGAGCGUAGGCUUCAAGUGGGGGAUGAGGGUGACGGCGCUGGUGGUCUUUGUGCUGUGUGGAUCGGCGACGUUCCUGGUGAAGAGCCGCUUGCCGAGGAAUGGGAGGCCCAAGGCGGCGUUUGAUAUUCGGUGUUUUCAAGAUGCGCGGUUUAGCUGGUUGAGUGCGGCGACGUUCUGCCUCGAACUCGUCGUCUUCGGCCUCGUCGGGAUCCUGCCCUCCUACGUCGUGGCGCAGGGCUUCAGCACCGCGUCGAGCGUGAAUCUCCUUGUCGUGCUGAACGUCUGCAACUCCAUCGGCCGCCUGGUAAGCGGCCGCGUCGCCGACAAAUACGGGCGGCUGAACGUGCUCAUCCUGCUCGUCGCGUUCGCCAUAGUCCUCAUCUUCGCAAUCCUGUACCCCUUCAGCAACUCGCUAGCGGGGCUGUACAUCUUCUGCGCGACGUACGGGUUUGUAUCCGGCUCGUUCAUCUGCCUUGCGCCUGUCUGUGUGCGUCAGAUUUCGCCGGCCAAGGAGACGGGGAUGAGGUUUGGGACGUUGUAUGGGCUUGUUGCGUUUGCGACGCUGAUCUGUAUUCCCAUCGGUGGAGAAAUGCUCGAGAAGAUCGGGGCGCAUAUGGUGGUUGUGUACCUGGGUGCUAUGCUCAUCGUUGCAGUUCUGCUGUUUGGGAUUGCGCGGUGGGCUUGCUUGGAUUAUAAGUGGGAUUGGAGGAGUAAGAUCUGA